CCGAUGCAUUCUGUAAAUUUCCAGUUUUCUUCAUUUUAUGUCAAUUUUAGGGCCGCAUAAUGUCUACAAGACUUUGCCUUUCCUUCGAAAGAACGCCGCAAUGGUUCAAGAAUAAUAAGCUGCUUUUUCAUUUCGACAAGUCGACGUGUAGAAUUGUUGGUGACUUGGAGUACUUGAUUCGGAGAAAGUUUGCAAUAACUUCAGUUUGUCAUUUAUAUUUGGAUGGGUAUCUUCUUCCUUCUCAAGAAAGUAUUGAUCUUGUGAGAGAUGGAGAUAACUUAAGAGUGGAAAAUGAAUCUUUAAGCUUAUAUCAUUCAACAGAUGACAAUAAUGAGAAUGGUAUCCUCCACAACACAGAUAAAGGUAAAUCACAAUCCUUAUCCAAGAAAAGAAAGCAUUCUUUAUAUUCAAAAUUACCAGCUUCAAAGUAUCCCAGGUCUUCAUCAGGAAAAGAUAAGUCAGYAGAGAGUGGAACAGAAAGUUCAAAGUCUGGCUACAGCAAAAAUGAUGAUGAAUAUAGAUUAACAMCAACAUCUCGAAAAAGUGAUACAUCUUACUGCACUGGCAAUACAAGCAAAAGCUCUGCUUCAAGUCACACAAAAAAGUCAUCUAUAAAGCAAAAGCUCAAAAAGGGCAACAAUUCAUGCGAUACAAAAAAGUCAUCAGCAAUCCAAAAACAUAAAAAGAAGAAAGCUGUAGCUUCACUGAAAGAAAAUACACCCUCAUCAUCAGAAUCCUCUAAUUCUGAGUCCUCAUCAUCAGAGUCARAUGAAUCAAGCUCAACAGAAUUGUCCUUUGAAACAGAAUCAUCAACUACAGAAUCAUCCUCUCUCACAGAAGAMCUUUCCAAAGAAGAAUCUUSUGACACAGAAACAUCAUCGACAGAAUUACCCUCAUCAAAAUCAUUACCUCCCUCAUUCCCUUCAGAAGCAUCAACGUUUGAAUCAGGCUWUGAACCAGCAAAUUCAAAAAGAUACACUAAGAAGCACAGUUCAGAUACCAAUCAGUCUUCUUCAUGUUCUUCUGCUUUGGMUUCCAAGACAAAUAGUGGUAAGAAGUCACAUAAAAGAACAAUUGCAAAGAACAACAAAGAAAUCUCAAAUCCAUCUCAGUCUUCAUCAGAUCAAUCUAAGGAAACAAGGAGCACAUCAGAGUCAGCUUCMACAAAACCAUCAUUGGCACAAUCCAAAAAGAAGUCUCUUAGUAUCACAGUAACAAACACAGGAUGCCUGCCAUCCAUAGAAGAAGAAUCUUUGGAUUCCAUGCCUUCAUCUAGAGAUUCUGUUAAUCAUUAUUCAACACCUGGUGUUCCAACUCAGAAUGGUAUUCUGCCUUCAAGAAUAUCAAAUGMAAAACAUAUACACUUUGAUUCUGAUGACGAUGAACCGAGAAUUCCUGAAGAAGCAAUUGUUCGUGUUAAUAAUGGAUUAACUUUAAAUUGGAGUUCCAUGUCCAAUCAUCACAAUACCAUUGGUAUAGUGAUGGAUAGAGUAGGGAAUAACUUACWGACUGCUUGCAAUAGAAAUAUUGGUGAUUUUUGUAUAUUCCCAGAGGGGGAGRAAGUACUUGAUUUCAGUGUCCUGCCUCCACUUUGUGGGCCUCCAAGAGUAGGAGACAGAAUUGCAUACAAGAUACUUGAAAUGUCAGCCUCAUACACACCUGAGAUGUCAGCUUACAAGGAGGGGGUUGUUCUUGCUUAUGAUCCAAAAAAUGGAGAAGUUUUGGUUGAACUGACACCAGAAUCAUUGAUUAAGCCAGUUGGCGAUGGUAAUAUAUCCAAUAAAUUUGAGUUGAUGUCAGAUGAUGAAGAUAUUUAUGACGUUUCCUCUAAGCCACUUCCAGUUUUGGAGAGAAAGGUCACUGUCUUGUGGUCUUCGAUGGUCUCGCCAAAGUUAAUUAACUCCUGAUAGUUUCGUGUUUCCCUGGCACUUCACCCUGGUUCCAGAGGUUUCUAGUGCACCCUUUAUCCUCCACGAUUAAUAAGAUAAUAGCCUCGGGACAAUGGAACUUGCACGUUACGUUUCCAAGAGUUUCAAAGGCCUUAGAGCUGUACUAAAUGCUAAAUAAAAUAUUUUCUGUAAUACACACAA